UCCAACAUGGUGGACCGUGAAACGCAUACAAGAUAUGACCAGAUGAAUAUUUUUCACUGAACAGUGAUGUUGAAACUUGGGGAGUUGUUAAGAAGGAGGCACGAAGUAACAGAAUAUGUGUGUUAAAGAACUGUUUAAUCUACAGCAGAAUACCAAAGAUCAAAUGGGAUAAGGCAGUUGCAAUUGCAAAUUACAAUUUGGUGUGGGAGGGAAUUGAUGCCUGCUGACCAUGCCCAGACUGUCCAGAUCACUGGACUCCAUGAGCUCCUUGGACCUAUCCUCUGCUUCUGGAAGAACCAAAGAAUCUUUUCAGGGGAGCCGUCCAUCCUUGGAAUAUGAAGCUCAGAAGUCGUGGAUUGAGAAGGUGUUUUUCAAGAGGGAAUGCAUUUGCUUUGUCAGAAGUCAAAAAGAUCCCAACAGAUGUGGAUGUGGGCGUGCCAAGAAAAAUCACACCGUCACCUCAGAUAUCUCUCUGCCACUGCCAGAUUCAUCUGUGCGUUGGGACCCUUGGAAACACACACAGUUGUUACCCACAGAUGCAUUUGGCACCUUGGAAUUCCAAGGCGGGCCACAUCCUACCAAAGCCCAGUAUGUACGAAUGUCCCAUGAAACCCAGCCAGAGGUUUUACUCCACCUCCUCACCAAGCACUGGGGUCUGGAGCUCCCAAAGCUCCUCAUCUCAGUCCAUGGGGGCAUAGUGAACUUUGACCUCCAGCCCAAGCUGAAGAGGGUAUUCAGAAAAGGUCUUCUCAAGGCGGCCAAUACCACAGGUGCUUGGAUUGUCACAGGGGGAACCAAUACUGGUGUAACAAGACAUGUUGGAGAAGGAAUAGGAGAACAGUCAUUAAAAACAAGGAAUAACAUUGUAACUAUUGGUAUAGCACCCUGGGGAAUAGUCCACAACCGACAAGAGUUGAUAGGAAAAGAUGUUGUCCGUCCAUAUCACGCUAUAGCUCCAUCACACAGCCACUAUGCUGUGCUGAACCAGUAUCAUUCCUAUUUCUUUCUGGUGGAUAAUGGGACAGUCGGGAAGUAUGGUGCAGAAAUACAGCUGAGGAAGAAACUUGAGAAAGUCAUCUCACUGCAGAAGAUCACUAGUGCUGGUGGCAUAGUGAAGGGCCAUGGGGUUCCUCUGGUUUCUCUGAUUCUUGAAGGAGGUACAAACACUAUUCGGACAGUACUGGACUGUGUGACAGAUGACCCUCCAAUCCCUGUGGUCAUAUGUGACGGGAGUGGGAGGGCAGCAGACAUCCUGGCAUUCACUCAUAAAUAUGCAAAUGAGGAUGGUACUAUGCCUGAAGCUGUGAAGAGCCAGCUUAUUCUUACAAUAGAGAAAACUUUCCAAUACAACAAGGAGGAAUCUGAGAAACUGUACAUGGAAUUAAUGUUAGCAGUGAAUAAGAAAGAAUUGAUCACAGUAUUCAGAAUGGGAGAAGGAGAAAAUACAGACAUCGAUCUGGCCAUAUUGACUGCACUGCUGAAAGGUCAGAAUGCCAGUGCCCCAGACCAGCUGAGCUUAGCACUAACCUGGAACAGGGUGGACAUUGCCAAAAAACACAUCUUUGUGUAUGGGCGGGAAUGGCCGGAAGGAGCACUUGAACAUGCCAUGAUGGAUGCCCUGACCAAUGAUAGAGUAGACUUUGUAAAGUUGUUGCUCCAGAAUGGAGUCAGUAUGCAGAAGUUUCUUACAAUACCCAGGCUGGAGGAACUUUAUAAUAUUAAGCAAGCCACACCAACUUCUGUUCCAUUUAGGACUUUUAAUGUCUUAAAAAAGAAACACCCUGAGCAUGCCCACUACACACUCCUAGAAGUUGGCCAGGUAAUAGACUACCUGAUGGGAGGUGCGUACCGAGCCUCAUACUGCAGGAAGAAGUUCAGAACUACUUACAAUGCCAUGAUGAAGAAGUCGCCUAGUCAGAUCUUUCAGGGCCACAACAUCAGCAAUGCUUUAGCCACAGUCCCCAUGCCAGGCAAUCUGAUAGACUUCCAGGACGUGUUCAAGUACCCAUUCAAUGAGCUGCUGGUCUGGGCCGUGCUGAUGAAGAGGCAGAAGAUGGCCAUGUGUAUGUGGCAGCACGGAGAGGAGGCCAUGGCUAAAGCACUGGUGGCUCUGAAGAUCUACAAGACCAUGACGCGGGAGGCCGAACAGGAUGACCUGGAGGUGGAGAUAUUUGAGGAGUUACGGACUUAUUCGAAGGAAUUUCAGAACAUAACAAUGGAGCUCCUGGAGGUGUGCUACAAGACGGAUGCAGAUGCCACCAAGCAGUUACUGACUUAUGAACUGAAGAACUGGAGUAACCAGACCUGCCUAAGCCUGGCUGUGUCAGCCGUCCACAGGGAGUUCCUGGCCCACCCCUGCUGCCAGAUGCUGCUCACUGAUAUGUGGAUGGGAGGAUUGAAUAUGAGGAAGUACACAGUGUUGAAGGUAUUGAUGGGUAUUUUAAUCCCCCCUCUUCUGCUUGCCCUGGAGUAUAAAAGUAAAGAGGAGCUGCAAUUAAUGCCACAGACUGUGGAGGAACACAUUGGGGAAAUCGAGGACUCUGACACAGAGUCCAAUGUCAGCCGCAGGUCAUCAUAUGGUGAGCAGGACAUUGAGAUGGAGAUGAUCAAUGCCAGUCAAGGACAAAACUUGGACAGGUCAGCAGAUGCCACAGAAGUGACCUCCCCUGUCAACAGUCCCGUCAGCCCCCCUGUGAACUCUAAUGGUCCUCUGUUGGACCAGAGUGCCUUGACAGUCCAUAGAGUAACAGAUUUCAUGAAGAAAAAGAGCCCAUUGAGAGUGGGGAAGAAAGUGUAUGAGUUUUAUGCUGCUCCUAUCACCAAGUUUUGGCUGCAUACGAUGGCCUAUGUCAUUUUCCUAGCUUCAUUCAAUUAUGUUGUUCUGGUUAAAACUCCACCAAAGCCUUCAUGGGUAGAGAUUUACGUCAUGGCUUACAUCUUUACUUUAGCCAUUGAUAAAGCAAGAGAGAUUAUAGCAUCGGAGCCAGUAAAAGCAUUGCAGAAAUUUUCAGUCUUCUUUGGAGACUUUUGGAACAUCCUAGAUGUCAUUGCCAUUGUCCUGUAUAUAAUUGGUGCCGUGCUCCGCAAUAUGGAGUCCUACAUUCAAGACGGCCAUGUGGUGUUCAGUGUGGACAUCAUAUUUUGGUAUAUAAGAAUUCUAGACAUCUUCAGUGUUAGCAAGCACUUGGGUCCUUAUGUUAUGAUGGUGGGAAAAAUGGUGACAUAUCCCAUCACUGUCCCAGCUUAUUCCACUAGCAUCCCAGGUUAUCCCGCUAGUGGCGUGCCAUAUCCUACCAGUGUCCCCGCAUCAGAAUAUUAUGUGCCAUACUCUUCGCCAUACUCUGCUGUCGGUGGCACUUUCUUUACCCCUGCCCCAACUACCAUGAUUCCAGCCUUCACUCCCUUCCUGUCUCAGCACAGGGCGGAGUACACCAGUAUUACUGAUGACAUCGACACCUCAUAUGUCCAGCAAGGUAGUCCAGAGAGCAUUCCAGGGACACCACACUUCUCCAUGAGCUCAUACGACUCUCAGGAUGAACUGAGGGAGGCGAAGGGUGGGAGCCCUGAGAAGGACGCCAUCAUCGUAGAGGCGAAGGUGUUGAAACACGCUGAAGAGAGUGAACACGAGAUCAUGGAGCCUGUGAUACGCUGUCGAAUACGGCAAAUCUCUAUCUCUGAGAACGAAGGUCUGAGUGACUCUCUACUGAGCGAGCUGGAGUUAGUACAUAAAGAGUUGAUACCAGCACAGGCCAAGAACUCGUCUGAUGAGGACAGUGGGAAGGAGAUGGAGGAGGACGGCAGUGACGAGACGGUUAAUGAAGGUGACCAUGGAAAUAGUGAGGUGGAAAUGGACAGUCAGUUAGAUCUCCAAGUAGGAGAUGUAAAUAUCGUAAUGAGUAAUAAUCAGGCACAGACUGAUGUUUCUUCAACAUCAAAUGGUGUAGAUGAUAGCCAUGUGAAUGAGAAGGUAUGCUAG